AUGGCAUUGUCGCCUGCAGCGUUCCUGUUUGCUUUGGUGGUUGGUGCCGCCGCCCAGCAGUCAUUUUCUCUUCCUUCCGGUCGUGCCCUGCGUACAAAAAAGGCCAAGUGCGACGGAGUGGGUUGCAGUUGUGCGAGCAACGAUGAUUGCCACGACUCGGCCAAGAACUGCGUGCAAAUAGGGCUGUCAAUGAAGUGCUUCAGCGACGCGGUCGUGCAUGCAAAGACCAAGAUCGGCACCUUCGAAAAGUUUGCAGACCAUGCAGACCUCGCAGACUUUCCGUCCGCUCUUGAGCACGUGUCCACCUGGUUCAUCGAGAAUGACGUGGGCAGUGUAGAGGAGCUGGAGGGUUCAGAUGAGCUCAUGGGCAAGUUCCUACUUUCAUCUCACAGCAACGUCAAGCUCCGGCCCUACUACAACAUGAGGAAGUUCCUACAGAAGGAUCUACGCAACGCACCUCCGCCUCCGCCGAUUCGGAAUCCUCUUCCAUCUCUUCUAGGUGGGACAGGCCACUGA